AUGCCUGGACCGGUUCUUGUUCCGCACGCACACUCGAUCCUCACCCGCAGCAACGCGUCAUCCUUCGCGACACACCGUCUCCACAAUCUCCACUCUCCAUUCCAUCUUGACUGUAGAGACAAUCCCCCCAACCCGUACACCACCCCUCCCCCACUUGAGACCUUUGCAAGCUCAGCUACAGCCGUCAUCGUGGCCUCUGCUCAGAUCCCUCCUUCAUUGCGACCUUGGUUCGCCUCAUCCUACUCACCCCACUUUCAGUUCGACCCCGAGUGGCUGGAUGCCUGCGUCGAAUACCUCGUCGUACGUUUCAAGGGUGCCGAGUAUCUUAUCUGUCGUUGGUGGGGCCACGCCUUCCCCUUGUACGAUGCCCGCUGAGCUGAGCUGACCCCGUCGUACCGAUCCUAAAUCGACCAGGAACACUUUCCCACCUGUUCCCAACAGCCAUCGACCCUGAUCAAAAAAGUCGAAGAACAAUUACUCGCGAGUGACCUAGCCACCUCAACGCUCUCUCCCUCCCCACUAGCGAUCUCGACGACCCUUUCCGUCCCUCCUCCUCCCACCUCAACCGACCCUAAACGUCCCCUCUUUCCCCAAAAGAAGCUCGUACAAAUCAUCUCCAUCGACGAAAUCGCUUACCCUGCUUUGGGCCUACUCGAAACGCUCAAGGACCAACGAUCGCGCCGUGAAUCCGACGAGGCAAUGGUCGAACAACUUUCUCGCCCCGGGGCUACGAACGACGAAGACGACGUCCCUACCGAUCAGGACGAAACGAUCGCGAGGAGCUGGCCUAGGGGUUUGGUCAAGUUGGGGUUGAGUGAUGGGUAUACGGCGGUGGAGGCUUUUGAGAAGAGGUUGGUGAGAGGUUUGGGAUUGAGCGAGGUCAAAUUGGGGUGCAAGGUAGGGUUUUUGGCUCGAGGUGCGCUGCUCUGUUUACCGAACUAAAUCAUCGAUUGACUUUUUUUGGUAUACGUAGUUACUUCUCCACAAUGUCUCUUACACGUCCAAAUUCCUGGUCCUUACGCCCGAAACGGUAACGAUCAAAGGAAGUCAAGUACCCGAGCUCGAACAAUUCGCCGAGAAGCGAUUGGAAAGGACUUUGCACCGCCGACUUGGGUAGGUGUACGAAUCAUCCUACGUGACAGAAAUUUCUGGGGGAUACUGAGAUUUUGGUUUCGUUUCUUACGCUUUUGGCUCGCUUACGCUUCUGUACACACUUUUUUCGCCUUCCAGCCUCGACUUCCCCCCCGACCCCGAACUCGACAUCUUCGAACCGAACGCGCCGAACGCCAUUCAGACCCUCGAAGAAGACGAUGCUCGUUCCUCCACAGAGGCCACCACGAUGGAAGGCGACGAUUCGCUCUUCAUCGACGAAGCGGCAUGGGAAGAAGCGGAACGGAAGGCCGUUGAAGCUGCGCGGGCGGUGGCGAGAGAAAGAGCAAGUGGAGGUGGGGGUGGGGGUGGGGGUGGUGCGCGAGAGAAGGGGAAUGGUGGAGAUGAGGAAGGGGGGGAGGAUGACGAUGUGAUCAUCAUUGAUUGA